AUGUACAACCUGGGCCACGCCGAGCUCACCUACUGGAGCCCCAACAUCAACGUGGUGCGCGACCCGCGGUGGGGGCGCGCCAGCGAGACGCCCGGCGAGGACCCCUUCGUCGUCGGCCGCUACGCCGUCAACUUCGUCCGCGGGAUGCAGGACGUCGUCGUCGACCGCCCCUAUUCCGACCCGUUCUCGCGGCCCAUCAAGGUGUCCAGCUGCUGCAAGCACUUCGCGGCCUACGACGUGGACGCGUGGUUCAAGGCCGACCGCCUCACGUUCGACGCGCAGGUGGAGGAGCGCGACAUGGUCGAGACCUUCGAGCGCCCCUUCGAGAUGUGCAUCCGGGACGGCGACGCCAGCUGCGUCAUGUGCUCCUACAACCGCAUCAACGGCAUCCCCGCCUGCGCCGACGCGCGGCUGCUGUCGGAGACCGUCCGGGGCCAGUGGCAGCUCCACGGGUACAUCGUCUCCGACUGCGACUCGGUCCGCGUCAUGGUCCGGGACGCCAAGUGGCUCAACUACACCGGCGUCGAGGCCACCGCCGCGGCCAUGAAGGCCGGGCUCGACCUCGACUGCGGUAUGUUCUGGGAGGGCGCCCGGGACUUCUUCACCACCUACGGCGUCGACGCCGUCCGGCAGGGGAAGGUCAAGGAGGCCGACGUCGACAACGCGCUCAGCAACGUCUACACCACCCUGAUGCGGCUCGGCUUCUUCGACGGCAUGCCGGAGUUCGAGUCCCUCGGCGCCACCAACGUCUGUACCAAGGACCACAAGGAGCUGGCUGCCGACGCCGCGAGGCAGGGGAUGGUCCUCCUCAAGAACGAUGCCCGCCGCCUCCCAUUGGACCCCAGAAAGAUUAAUUCAGUGUCGUUGGUUGGCCUGUUGGAGCACAUCAAUGCCACGGAUGUCAUGCUGGGAGACUACCGAGGCAAGCCAUGCAGAAUUGUGACGCCAUACAACGCUAUCAGGAAGAUGGUGAAUGCCACGCACGUGCACGCCUGCGACAGUGGGGCGUGCAACACGGCGGAAGGGAUGGGUAGAGCAUCCAGGACGGCAACGAUCGCCGACGCGACCAUCGUCAUCGCCGGCCUGAACAUGAGCGUGGAGAGGGAGAGCAACGACAGGGAGGAUCUCCUGCUGCCGUGGAACCAGACCAGCUGGAUCAAUGCCGUCGCCGAGGCCUCUCCCACGCCGAUCGUCCUGGUGAUCAUGUCGGCCGGCGGCGUGGACGUCUCCUUUGCGCACAACAACACCAAGAUCGGCGCCAUUGUCUGGGCUGGGUACCCCGGCGAGGAAGGCGGCACGGCCAUCGCCGACGUCCUCUUCGGAAAAUACAAUCCAGGAGGACGGCUGCCGCUGACAUGGUUCAAGAACGAGUACGUGAACCAGAUCCCCAUGACGUCCAUGGCGCUGCGUCCCGACGCCGCGCACGGCUACCCCGGCCGGACCUACAAGUUCUACGGCGGGCCGGCCGUGCUCUACCCGUUCGGCCACGGCCUUAGCUACACCACCUUCACCUACGCGUCCGGCAUCACCGGCGCCACGGUCACCAUCCCGAUCGGCGCCUGGGAGCACUGCAAGAUGCUCACCUACAAGUCGGGCGCUGCGCCGUCGCCGUCGCCAGCCUGCCCGGCCCUCAACGUCGCCAGCCACAGGUGCAACGAGGUGGUGAGCUUCAGCCUCACGGUGGCGAACACGGGCGGUGUCGGCGGCGACCACGUGGUGCCGGUGUACACCGCGCCGCCUCCCGAGGUGGGCGACGCGCCGCUGAAGCAGCUGGUGGCGUUCCAGAGGGUGUUCGUGCCCGCGGGCGCGUCCGUCGACGUGCCCUUCGCCCUCAACGUGUGCAGGACGUUCGCGAUCGUCGAGGAGACGGCGUACACCGUCGUGCCGUCGGGCGUCAGCACGGUCAUCGUCGGAGAUGACGCGCUGGCGUUGUCGUUCGCUGUCACGAUCAACCUGGCAGUGUAG